UGGUGUGAAUGAGUAGCAAUGGAAGAUUAAAUAUUGAAGCUGUAAAUGUAAUAGUCAUAAUUUGUUCAAACAGAAUCCAAAUUUCUAUAUAUAUUUGUUUUAAUUAGUAUCUAAUGUCAAAUAAAUAGUAUUUGUGCAUUCUUGGGCAUAGAAAUUCGAUUACUAAGUAUAUUGUUAAAAACCUCGUAUGUUCAUUUUUAAACGUUUAUGAUUUUUAGCAAGGUAGCACGAAUGUACUAAUAACAAUGAAAUGGUAAUCUUGUGAUGGCCAGUGGACAGGAACGCUCUAACUCGGAGCAAGUGCGAGGACAGCAAAGAGCUGAGAACAGAGAUGGCAACUCGUCAACGAAUGCACUUUUUGACCUCACCGGGGCAAGUAACAUGAAUUUGGAUUUACGUGGACUAGUCGUGCAGAAUUUUCCAAAAUUACCAGCAGCAACACCAAGUGUUUUGUCACCAGAUAGACAACGUGAUAUGGAAGAGCAAUUCAUCGCCAUUUUCAACACUUUCACGAAUGAAAAAACGCAGGACAAAGUGAUCUCUACGUUUCUGAAUUUGAAUAACCCCGACGAACAAGUCAACCCCGAGUUCGUUGUAACUAAUUAUUACCAAGGCGAAACGUCACCUACGUCAAGUGAAUAUGUGCCGACCCUGUCUCGAAACUUUGACCCCCAUCGAGACGUGAUCGGCCAAAUUGUUCCAUUAAAAAAUAUUUUAAAUGGCGUAAGCUACGUUGCACUAGUUGCCAGUGCUGGUUCUGGUAAAACCAUCUCUGCUAAAAGAUUCGCCCGCAUGGCAUUGAGAAAAGAAUUGUCAUCUCUAGCUGGCGUGGUAUUGAUACAUUACGUUAACAUCGCUGAGUUAGAUUGGAAAUCAGCUCACACUGCCUUUGACCUUUUAUUUGUGCAACCACUUGGAGCACGACUGAACAAAGAGCUUCGUGAUUUUGGAUUUGAGUGGAUGAAGACUAAUGCAAAUAAAGUUCUCCUUGUUCUAGAUGGUCUCGAUCAAGCACCAUGGUACAUGAAAGAAGAAAUCACCAUAUCGUAUGAUAAUCCUGCCGCAGUCCCGGUUGUUUUUCAUAAUGUUUUAAAUAAAGAUCUUCUGCAUAAUUGUCGAAUCGUCAUAACAAGUAGAGAGCAUUCUAUACGUCACUUCAAGCAACCAAUUAGGCCUCAUCGUACCGUUACCUUAUCGGGUUUAACCAUUGAAAAUCGAGAAUACCUGAUGAAACAGCUCGGUGGUGUACACGGCGAAGGGAUUUGGAAACAUCUUCAAUCGCACUCACCCGGUCUUGUUUCUUUAUGCGAAACACCUGCUUUUUUGGUAUUCACUGCAGCAGUGUUGAUUGACAAUUUGGAAAAUCCUCCCACUACAAUGACUGGUGUUCUGACUCGAGUACUUCUCUAUUUUCUAAAUUCGGAGCAACAACGUGCACCAGGAGAUAUUGAGGAAACAUUUGACAAACUAACAUCACUUGCAUUUAAAGGUACGAGUGAACGCCGAGUCAUUUUCAAAGGAUCUGAGCUUCGUGCAUCAGGUCUCUCUGUUGAAAAAGUGAGCGAUUUUGUUGCGAUAGCUCCCAAAAGAACCAAAACACAUCAUUUCAAAUUAAUGGAAGGAAAUAUGAAUUUAUUUUUUUGCCAUCAAUUGAUUCAGGAAGCUCUUUCUGCUUUGCGGGUAGCGCAACUUCCUUCUAAGGAUUUCCAGACGUUUGUUACAGAACAUUUCAACGAUCCUCAUUUCAAAGUCGUCAUUCAAAUCGUUAUUGGCGUCAUUUUAAACCCUGACAUUGAAAUCGACGAUCUAUGUGACAUCCAGGAAAAAACCAGCAAAGUGCUUAUUUUGCAAACUUGGUUACGUGGGAAAGUGAACGCUGCUCAAAAUCAGAGUUGUGCCAUCAGAGAAGAUCUACCAUCUUUCUCACUUUUACAUGAAUGCGGAAAUGGUGCUGAGGAGAUUGUGAGAGAUUGCGUACACUCAGUAAGAAGCAUGGAAAAAUUAAAAGGAGAGAAGUUGUUCGUAUUUGCUUCCAUACUCAAUAAAACAGUCAACAUUCAAGAUGCUUCGUUUUCAACACUGUGUUUGAGCGACUGGGAUGCAAAGAUAUUAUUCGAAGGAUUGAGUAAAUGUAGAAGGGUAAAGAUUCUUGUGCUACGAGUCAGUGAACUUCAUAAAGAAGAGAGUUUUCAAUUACUUGGCAAAAUUCUGACAAUCGCAGUGGUUGAGAAUCUUAUUUUCUCUAAGUGCUUAAUAACGGAAGAAAAAAUGUUCAAAAUGAAUUCAGCGAUCGAUAUAUCAAUCCAGCAAGACGUAACUCUCGAUUUCAGUGGUACAUUUCAAAUCGAGAUUCGUGCUUUCUUUGCUAUCGGUGUAUUGGUGAAGAAAAUAAAGGCUUGUGAUAUUCAAUUAAAUUUGUGUCAACUUUCACACGAAAAACUUUAUUAUCUUAAAGAGGCACUGAAAGGCUACGAUCGCCAGAUCAAACAGUUAGGAAUUAGUGGAAAUGAUGAAAUGUAUCCGGAAUCAAUGCGACAUGUUGGAGAAAUUGUGAAAAUCGGGAAAACCGAACACAUCAAUGCCAGUCGAUGUAGACUCAAUUUAAAUCAUUUACAGGAAUUUGAAAAGGGAUUGCAAGGAUAUACAGGCCAGAUAAAACGUUUGGAUAUCAGUCGAAAUGAUACAAUGACACCUCGAGCUUAUCAACAUAUGGGAAGCAUUUUGAUUAUUGGAAAAGUUCAAAAUCUUAAUUUAUGUCACUGCAAACUGGAAACUUACAACCUUGGAGCAUUAAAAGAACAUUCAAAUGGAUUUUCUGGGCAUAUGGAAUCACUCGAUGUGGCCUGGAAUGGAACAAACAUUGAUUACAAUAUCCUUGGCCAAAUAGUUGAAAACUGGAAACUAAAAGAACUCAUUUGCCAUGGUUGCUUCAACGAACAAAGACAUUUCGAUGAUUUCUUCAGACCACUAAGAGAAAUGCGCAAUAAGGUAAUGAUAACACACGGAUCUGAAAAUAUUCCAAGCACAACAACAACUGUGGAAGAAUUCCGACAAAAAAUAUCGAGAGUGACCAACUACCGUGAAUGAGACAGCUUUGGUGCCUGUUAAUUUUUUAUAUGAUAUGUUACUUGUUUAGCACGUUAUAUUACUAUCGAUAACAACAAUCACUUCUGGGGGCGCAAACCCCAUAAAAUUGCAAGUCUUGACCCUAAAAAUGUUUUUCAAAUUUAAUAACAGGGCCAAAAUUACUUGAACACCCAGUUACGCGUUUUAAUCUCUGACGUAUGAGAUAACUAUCUGUCUAUUAAAUGAAUGCCUGCAAAGAUGGUUUACACAAACAUUCAUAUACAUGUUUCAAAAUCAAGUGCGAUCCGACUUGUCAAUUUUCAUUGUAGUACAGAUGUGUUUUUGUAUGUUAUAAAUAUAUUUAAUUAAUGUCACUGUGUUUAUUCCUAGAGUCAUUCCAGUCUUUUAGGAAAUAUAGUCUUUAGGAGAGCACCAUUGGAGAUGAAAGUACUGUUAAUUUGAAUUUAUCUUCUGAUAACACUUGGCGAUGUAUAUUUAACAUAAUGUUCAAUUGAAUUCCUCCGGACAUCAACAUUUAUGUACAUUGCAGGAAUUCUUUUCAAUUCACUGGUCUUUCUUUCAAAGAGUCUCUCAAAGAGUAAAAUUAUGAACGAUCUUUUAAAGGUAUUUCCGUCUUUAUUGAUACCAUGUUUUAAUCCCGAAAGCGGUAAUCUUUAUAGUUAAAUGUUCGUCUACAAUUCGCGAGUCAUGUAAUCCGAAAUUGAAAAAUGGAUUGCUGUAACAUAAAGGUUUAUUCAA